AUAGUAUAAACUAAUGAUAGUUAAUUGAUACUCCGACUGCAUAGUGAAAAGGAGAGAAGUGGGAGGGAAAAGAAGGAAGCAGCGAGUAGCGAAAGAGUGUGUGGAAUCAGUCAGGUCCCGUUCUCUUCCUCCUCUGCCAAAGAUGAGUACCAUGAAAUUUUGCCGCGAAUGUAACAACAUUCUAUACCCUAAGGAAGACAGAGAAGCUAAGAUUCUUCUCUAUGCUUGCCGCAAUUGCGAUCACCAGGAGAAUGCUGAUAACUUCUGUGUGUAUAGAAAUGAGAUUCAUCACUCUGUUGGAGAGCGCACUCAAGUCUUGCAGGAUGUUGCUGCAGAUCCAACUCUUCCUCGUACCAAGGCUGUUCGUUGCGUUCAGUGUAACCACGGCGAAGCUGUGUUUUUCCAGGCAACUGCCAGAGGGGAGGAAGGAAUGACUCUUUUCUUCGUUUGCUGCAACCCAAACUGUGGACACCGUUGGAGAGACUGAGAUCUGUGGCUUCACAAAUCAAGGUUUAACUGUUAGGGAAAUCUAACAUAUUUUGUAGUUAUAUGAAAACCUGGCAUGUGUACUACCUUAUUUUAACUGUAGUUGUUGACACUGAAUUCUUGUUGGUUUGUUAAAAGGAAAGGGAGGGGGUGGAGAAAAUCAAGAAUCAAAAUGCCAUUGUCA